CCAUACCUCGGCUUGAGAGCUAGGCUCUCGCAAAUAUGGAUCAACCGCUGGACCAUUCUCCUUCUCCUUGUCCUGGUUCGCGUCCUCAUGUCCAUCGCCUCCAUGGACGGCAGCGUCGGUGACGCUCGUGAAAAGGCUCUUUCGGCUUGCACCAAGGUCGAAAGUGCCGGCAGUGCCCUGGCAUCCAUGCCAUACUACAUGUCAAAGGGCCUCAACGAGCUCACCGCCACUGGUGUCGAAAAGGCUGUCAACGGGCUCAUGUCCAUGCUUGAUCUCACUAUUACUGGCGUACAGGAGAUUUUCGUCUUUUACAUCAACAUGCUGACUGGCACUUACGUCUGUCUCAUCACCCUUGCUGUCAACGGUGCUAUCGGUGCUGCCACGAAACUCGUCGAAGAGGUAACAGAUUUCCUCAACAAAGCUCUACCAGAGAUCGGCUCAGGCAUCCAGAGCGUCGUCGGUGGCUUUCAGGACGGCUUGAACAAGGCUGCCGAGAAGGUCCAAGGCCUUCUUCCAUUCAUUGGCGGUCUUCCAAAGUUGAAUGUUGACGACGAGCUGAAGAAACUGGACGACAUGCAGAUCCCUCUUGACUUUCUAGACUCGAUGAAAAAGGUCAACGAGUCCCUGCCAGACUUCAAGGAAGUCCAAAACUUCACCGACACCGUCCUUCGUACGCCCUUCCAGGAACUCAAGAAGCUCAUCAAGAGUGAAAUGGACACCUACACCUUUGACCGAAGUCUCUUUCCAGUCCCGCAGAAACAGCAGCUCGACUUUUGCUCCGAAGGCAACGGCCUCAAUGACUUUUUCGACAGUCUUGUCCGGCUUCUGUACAAGGGGAAGAAGAUCUUCAUUGGCGUCAUCGUCGUCUUGGCCGUUCUGGCAUGCCUGCCCAUGGCCUAUCUUGAGAAGAAGCGGUUCGAUCGCGAAGAGGCAACCAUUCGAGCCUUUGACAAAUGUGCGACAUCGGGUCAACACUGCAUCGACUCGAGAGACCUCGUCUACACGACUGCCCGUCCGAACACGGCUGGCUUUGGUCUUUGGAUCACUCAACGAAAGUCACGCACUUGUCCAAACUCUGCCCAUGACCCGCAACCAAAGCCAAGGCAAAUAUUGAUCCGUUGGGUCAUCGCAUACGCUACGUCACCGCCAGCUCUGUUCGUACUCUCUCUUGCCAUCGCUGGCAUCUUUUCAUGUCUCUGCCAAUACAUAAUGCUCCGUGCCAUAGAGACACAAGUCCCCGAUCUGACGGAUCAGGUUGCCCAAUUCACCGAGAAAGUCACAUUGGCCCUGACGGACGCUUCAGAGUCUUGGCAGAACGGCACCAACAUGGCAAUCACGUCAGCAAACGAUGACAUCAACAAAAAGGUCUUUGGAUGGGUCGGUACUAGCACAGACGCUGUCAACGAUACUCUCACUGCGUUUGUUGAUAAGAUGAGCGAGGGCAUUGACAAGGUCUUUGGCGACACAUUCCUCAAGGAUCCCAUCCAGGGCGUCAUCAACUGUCUCGUUGUCUACAAGAUUGAAGGUAUCCAGAAAGGCCUGACGUGGGUGCACGACAAUGCCCAUGUCAGCUUUCCCCUCGUUGCAAAUGACACCUUUACCUUGUCUGCACUUGCAGAACAGACUGACAGCAAGUCCGACGAUGCCUUCCUACUCGCACCCGGCAACAAGACCAAGGAUGAGUUGACCGAACUAGUCGACAAACUCAUCGACAAGGUCGAAUCAGGUAUCCUGCAAGAGGCAGCCAUUUCUGCAGCACUUCUUGGCGUCUGGUUACUGCUUGGGAUCAUCGGCAUCGUCGCUGCUUGUUACCAAAGCUUCCGC